CUUGGUCCUCUCGUCAGAAUCGUCAAAAUCGCCAGUCCCGUCAUCUACGAUGGCUUCCACCAACACCGCGCCCCCGCCGCUGCGCAACCUUUUCGUCGAUGAGGCCUUUAACGAACAUGCCCGCUACUUCCAAGAGUUCCUCGAUCUGGAUUAUGGCGAGAACAUCUAUAAGGAGAAGAUCAGGCGCAUGCUCCUGAGCGGCGAGCGCCGCCUCGUCGUCAACAUCAACGAUAUCCGAAUGCACCGCCGAGAAUAUGCCGAUGGGUUGCUGAGCGCGCCCAUGGACUAUCUGCCUCCCUUCGACAAAGCUCUGAAGGAUGUAGUUCUGUCCUUGUCGGCGGGUCAGCCCGGCAAGUACACCAACCAGUCAUUCUCGGUCGGCCUCGAGGGCUCCUUUGGCGACAACCUCGUCAGCCCCCGCCAAGUGAAUGCAUCCUACCUUGGCAAGCUCAUCGCCAUCGAGGGCAUUGUCACUCGUUGCUCCCUCGUCCGUCCCAAGGUUGCCCGAAGUGUCCACUACUGCGAAAAAACCCAGGUCUUCCACUCACGAGAGUACCGAGACUUGACAUCUCUGAGUAGCACUGUGGCAACGCCUGCUGUAUACCCCACCACGGACGAAGAGGGUAAUCCUCUCACGACCGAGUUUGGUCUCUCCACCUACAACGAUUAUCAAACCUGCAGUCUCCAAGAGAUGCCCGAGCGGGCUCCCGCGGGCCAGCUGCCCCGACCACUCGACGUCAUCCUCGACGAGGACUUGGUCGACAAGGUCAAACCUGGCGACCGAGUUCGCAUAAUUGGCUCCUAUCGCUCCGUCGGCAAGGCUGGCGGCUCCUCCUCGGCCACGUUCCGCACCAUCAUCAUCGCCAACAAUGUGUGCCAGCUCGGAAAAGAAAUCCAGCAGCCCUCUAUCUCGGAAGAUGAUAUUCGCCACAUCAAAGCCGUUUCUUCCAAGGACAAUGUCUUUGAGCUGCUCUCGGCCUCGCUUGCCCCGUCCAUUUUUGGCCAUGAUUACAUCAAAAAGUCCAUCCUUUUGUUUUUGAUGGGUGGCAUCGAAAAGAACCUCCCUGGUGGCACACACAUUCGUGGCGACAUCAACAUGCUGCUUAUUGGCGAUCCCUCGACUGCAAAGUCGCAGAUGCUGCGCUUUGUGCUCAACAUCGCCCCACUGGCCAUUGCCACAACCGGUCGCGGAUCUUCUGGUGUUGGUCUGACUGCGGCCGUGACGCACGACAAAGAAACCGGCGAGCGUCGUUUGGAAGCCGGCGCCAUGGUCCUCGCCGACCGAGGUGUUAUUUGCAUCGAUGAGUUCGAUAAAAUGAGUGACAUUGACCGAGUGGCUAUCCACGAAGUCAUGGAGCAACAGACAGUCACCAUCGCCAAGGCAGGCAUUCACACGUCGCUGAACGCUCGUUGCAGUGUCAUUGCCGCCGCCAACCCGGCCUUUGGACAGUACAUCGACGCCAAGAAGCCCUUCGAGAAUAUUCCCCUCCCAGACUCGCUCCUGUCGCGUUUUGAUCUUCUUUUUGUCGUGCUCGAUGACAUGAACGACGAUCACAACCGCAGGAUUUCCGAGCACAUUAUCCGCCUCCACCGAUAUACUCCGCCAGGCCUCGAGGAGGGCGCCCCCAUCAGCGAUACGGUGCAGUUCGUCUAUGAAAAAUACAACCCUCUGCUCCACGUUGGCGUCCAACAGCACAAGGAGCCUGCAACUCCCGGCAAGAGCCGACGGAAGGCUGGUCGAAAGAGCAGACAGGGCGGAGCCGACGACGCCGAGCCUCGUGUCGAAUUGCUUUCACUGCCGUUCAUGAAAAAGUACAUUCAUUACGCAAAGACCCGUGUCAAGCCGGUGCUCUCGGAGGGAGCCGCCAACAUCAUCUCCGAAACCUACUCGCAGCUGCGCGACAAGCGCGACGACAAUCAGUACCGUACCAUGCCCAUCACGCCUCGUACUCUCGAGACGCUCAUCCGUCUUGCCACUGCCCAUGCCAAGUGCCGCCUGAGCACUGUCGUCGAAGAGGGCGAUGCCGAAGUUGCCAAGGAGAUUCUCGAGUAUGCUCUCUACAAAAUCGUCAAGGAGCCUGAGUCUGAUCCGCGCAAGAAGCGACGACGACGUAACGAAGGUGCCGUUCCGCAAGCGCCUCAAGACAGCGACCAGGAAACUGGGGACGAGGACGCCGGCGAGGACGAAGACGAUGGCGACAGCGACGACGGAGCCCAUCGCACUCCCAGACUCCCCGCCGUCUUUCUCCCUGCAGGCUCUUCGCGCGGCCGCACACGGACAACAUCGGCCUCACAGCACACGGCACACACCUUUGGCGCUUCUUCAAGUUCGCAGUCCUCGCGGACUCUGCAAAACACACUUACAUCGUCACUCGGCGCCAUGGAGCUGGACGACACGCCUUCAGGCGCACUCGUCUCGGAUGAGCUGUUCAACAUCUUCCGCGGCCGACUGCAUCAAGUGCGUGAGGCAUUCACGAGCGAGGGAUCAGACACAGUCAUGACACACGACAUCAUCACCAGGGUGAAUGCUGGCCUGCCUGGAUCCAAAAAGUUCAGCGUCGACGAGGCCAAGGCCAUUCUUCGCAAGAUGAGCGACGACAAUCUGCUGUGGUACCAGGAGGGCGCCGAGCAGGUUACCUUUAUUUGAUGUCGAGACAGAAAAAUGUCGAGCAACGGUGUGGGCAAGACGAAUGUCUGCCAUCAUUGCCCAGUUCCUAACCACGCCGCCGCCAAUGCAGACUGGAACGAAUACAGCAUAUUCAGAGCGAAA